AUGCAGAAUAAACAUCGAAUUCGUUCAAUUAAUUUAUCAAAUCCAUUCAUCAUCAACUUCUUUUCUUCACCAACAGAAAAUAUUUCAAAAUGUUCUCAACUUCAAGCACUUAUUCUUAAUGAUAUUGAAUCGAAAUGUUUGGAAAAUCUACUUGUUCGUUUAGCUUAUUUACCGAAUUUUUCAUCAUUAGCCAUUGUUGUUCCCAAUGAUUCAGAUAAAAGUAACAUUUAUAGUCUAAUAUAAAUAUCUUUUAAACAAGCAAAUAUCGUUAUUCUUAAAUCUGCUUAUUUAAAUUGGUAUAAAGAAACAGAAAAAAUACGUUUAUCUCGUUAUAUAAAUAACGAUAAAUAUGAUCGUUCAGCAAACGAAAUAAUUGAACAAAUGAUUGAGCAACAAAAUAAUAGUACUAAUGUUAUUUUAACAGAAAUUCUUAGAAAAAUUGCUGAAGAAACAGAAAUAUUUCGAGAAGAAGCUAAGGAAAUUAAUAUAAGAAAAGGAGAUGAAAAAUCUUAUAUUAAAUAUAUUCGAUCUCAUUUAAACGAAAUUACUCCAUUAAUACUUUAUACUUGGUCAAUUGCUAAUAAACCUCAAUUUCCAAAUGAUAAUCAAAUAAUUGCUUUAUUAUUUUUUAUUUAUAGUUAUGAAAAAGGUUUAAUUGAACAAGUUCGAACAGGUGAAGGUAGAACUCUGAUUGUAGGAUUCACUGUUGCAUUUUUCGCUUUAUGUGGAAAUGCUGUUGAUAUUGUUUCCACUAAUCGUAAUUUGGCCAUAGAAGGAGAGAAGAAAUGUCGCUCGUUUGGGUGUGGGCGUCUCUAUUGUUCUCCUUCUACACCCACACCCAAAAUUAAUAUAUAA